AAACAUUCCCAUUUCGCGAAUUUUCGCCAUAUUUCAAAAGCAUAGCAACUGUGCACUUUUGUUUUGAAAGUCAUGUAUUGAUUCGCGAAGGAAUUAGGAAUUUUUCCGUCAACGGUCUUUCUUCAUUAGAAAUCUGUUUCCUGCUUCGGGUAAGGUCAAUCUGGAGGUCAAGAAUAUUGGGUGAUGUUAUUAGGAGAACGUUUAUUGCCGCGGUGUUGUCUGUCAUGCUGGUGGUUAUAUCUUGUGCGUGCAAAGACAAGAGCUUGAGACAGAUGUGAAGUAACUGAGAUAAACACGUUCAUAGUUCGUGCGUCCAUAAGUUCAUCAGAUAACCAGUCUUGUGAGUCAGAGAAGAAAAUGUAGAUUUUAUUCAUCAUGUCAGCGUAAAUGGUAUCAAAUUGACGGCAGAGAGACCUACAAAUAUCAAGCAAUGUGAUCAACUACAGGAAUGAGAGGCUUUUCCAAGACAUUUGUUGAAAGGAUGGCUCUGAAAGAUAUUUACUUGUUAUGGGGUUGUUUAUUACUUGUCUUGGAUGGCAUUUAUGGUGGCAAUACUGACUAUGGGUUUUACGAGAAUAACUUUGGUGUGCGGGAAAGCCCGCUAUCCUUGUUUGAAAUCCAGGGCGCAAGACAAGUGAACACGUUUACCCGCGGUGGACUAUACCGGGCGACGUUUAAUGAAUACUCUGUGAUCGGUAGCUAUGUAGUUUCACCUUUGAAAAUGGGACUUUAUAUUGCCGACGAUAACGCGGUCAAUGCAGUACUCGAGUAUGCGAUAAGUGCACUUGGUCAGAAGACACGACGUAUUGGCGUUAAUUGCUCAGGAACGGAUAUAUUUGAUGUGGAAGGGAAACUUUAUGGAAACUUUUUCAUGAUGAAGAUAAAAACAAAGAGAUUGGUAAGUGAGCAGAAAUGUGAGUCAUAUUUGUUAAAUGUCGAGGCCAAGAUUAACAAAAGAACAGUGGAUAAAACACAAGUGUUUAUUCAAGCACGAAUGUCCGCACAUUUUGAUCCUCGUUUUAACAUGACACGGAUUUCCGAAACCAUACCCAGUAAUUUCCCACUUUUCCAACCAAUUGUGCAAUUGAAAACCAAAGAUGUACAGGAUUUGGGGAAAGUAUAUUUUUCCUUAAAAAGGCAAUCAAAUUAUUUCAUGUUGAACCCAGUCAAUGGCAUGUUGUCCUUGAAAAGGCAAUUGCCUAGCGGGCAAAACAGGUUUAACUUGGUGGCGGCGGUAACCAAGUGGGAUUCGAAACCAAACCUGCAAAAGUUCACUGAUAACACAUGUAGUGUGAAUAUCAAAAUAAGGAAUGUGAAUCAGUAUGCACCUACAAUAGAUGUGAGGGUUUUAGAAGAUCAGUCAGACCAAGGGAAUAAGCAGGUGAUUGCAGUAAUAACUGUGAGCGAUCAUGACCAAGGUAGGAAUGGCAGGAUUGAUGGGUUGAAAAUAGCAUCAGGUGAUGAAAAGGGAAAUUUUGGAGUGGAAAAGAUUGACCCAAAUGGUGCUGUUUUCAAUUUGAACUUAGUGAAACCACUUGAUUGUGACUAUUGCCUCUUCAGAAUCACUUUUGAGGCAACAGACAGAGGCAAACCACAAUUAACUACAAGGAAGGUUCAUUAUUUCAGCCUGAGGGAUCCAUCAUUAAAGAAUGACAGUUUCAUAGCAGAUAAAUAUUUCGUAGAAAUUUCAGAAAUGAUGCCGAUUGAUUAUACUAUCAUUGAUUUGAAGCCAAAUAACUUAGGUGCAAUGUCCAACAUAUCCUGUAGAAUUGCUAAAGGGGAUACUUUAAUUGUUCCAGAAAACACUUGCAAAAUAAAAUUGGGGAGACCUUUAGAUGCCACGGUUAGAUCAAAUUAUGUACUUGACGUUUCUUAUGAAAUAUUGGGUGCAAAAGCUAUUUCUGGACGAACAAUUGUUCAUGUAAAUGUGGUUGACUUUAAUAACCAUGGGCCUGUUUUUUCUAAACAACCAUAUGUGGAAAUAUCAGAAGACUUGGCACUUCAUGCUGAGGUUUACAAGGUCGUAGUAAAUGAUGGUGAUGUUGGUGACAAUGGAAAGCUAAGUUAUUGGUUAAUGAAUGACUCCAGUCAUUUUAAAAUUAACCCAGAUACUGGCAUAAUUUCUGUGAAACGAGUUUAUGAUCGAGAUGCUGGGACACCAGAGUUUGCCUACCUUGUUGUUCGAGUUGCUGACAGUGGAUUGCCAUUGCGCCGAGAAGCAGAGGCAGUGGUUACAGUCAGAAUAAAAGCUCGCAAUGACAACAGUCCAGUGAUUAAACAAGAUGAGUGCAUGAUUAAGUUGUCAUCUGACACACUUGUUGGUACAAAAGUAGUUCAGAUUGAAGCUAUUGACAUUGAUGUUGACUCUGCUACACAAUUAUCCUUUUCUUUGGUAUCUGGCAACACUGAUGGAUUGUUUGCAAUUGAUUCAAGUUCUGGUUAUGUGAGUCUUGCAAAACCACUUUCCACUUCUUACACCUCAUUAAAUCUGGCUGUUUCUGCUGAUGAUGGAAUCCAGAAGUCCCAAAGUAAUGCCAUCCUGCGAAUAAAAAUUGAAAAGCAACGCACUUCAAUAAAAGAUGUUUCCUGUACAGUAUCCAAUAUAUAUGUCCGGGCCUUAAAGUUGAAGCAAGCUGAGAUCAUCAGAAGCCCUGUCAAGCCCGUGGUCACAAAUAAGAUGCUAGUGAAUGCUUAUGCUCCAAGAUUUUUAGACAAAGUGCAAACUGUCACUGUGUCUGAGAAUGUAAAAGUCGGAACUGUACUUGCAACACUAAAAGCUGUUGAUCAAGAUAAUGGCUAUGAAGGACUAUUAACAUACUAUAUUGUGGAUGAUGAACAACAGAAUAACUGUUUUUCUCUCAAUGCCAUAACUGGGAAAAUGACGUUAGUCUCAGCUGUUGAUUGGAAACACACUCCAAGGCAUGAGUUGAACGUGUCAGCAUGGGACUCUGGGGUUCCAAGAAAAGUGGGUUUUGUUAAACUGGUCAUAGUAGCUGGGAAUGUCAAUAAUAAUCCACCACAAUUUUCUCAAGAUUUCUACAAUACCUCUAUUCCUGAGAAUUUUCCUACUAGGACAUCCAUUGUGGAGCUAAUUUCAGAUGAUGCUACAGCAAAUGCAGGAUUUACUUUCAUUAUUGUCAACGACUAUAACAACCUCUUUUCUGUGUACUCUAGAAGUGGAAGAUUGAAUUUGGUACUCAAUCAACCCUUGGACUUUGAAAAGAAAAACAUUUAUGAAAUCCAGGUGUUGGCUUUAGGUCAGACAUUUGGCAACCAGCCAGUGGCUCAAGCAGAUGUAAUUGUGAAUGUAGAGGAUGUGAAUGAUAAUUAUCCAGUUGUGUACAAGUCAAGUCAGCAUAUCGUCAUAGUAAGAGACCUUCCAGUAGGAAGUCCUAUUACUCAAGUUACAGCUGGUGAUUCUGAUUCUGGAACCAAUGAAUUAUUGAGUUUUUCUAUAAUUGUAAGCCCAGGUUCUCAAUAUUUCUCAAUUGACAGCAACACUGGUUGUAUAAAAUUGAGCAGUUCACUAACUGGGAACUUACAAGAAAGUUUUAAUUUAACUAUUGCUGUUGGUGAUGGAGGUGAACCAUCCUUGACCACAAAUAGUUAUGUUAAUAUCAUUGUUAUCCAAAGAACUGAUGAUCAGAAUGUCAAAAUAUUAAGCGGUUAUAGUGGAAUUACCCAAUAUGCUGUGCGUGAAAAUCUACCUGCUGGACAAAAAAUUGCAGAACUUGUUGGCAGUGAUAUUUCCAUUUCUCAAAGGAAUGAAAUUUUAUUGUCUAUAAUAGAUGGAACAGAUGUAACAAUGUUUAAGAUUACAGGUGUAUCUGGAUGGCUCACAACCACCAGACCACUGGAUCGUGAAGAAGUACCAUUCUAUUGGCUAACUAUCAAAGUUAUUAACAAGAAAUCCAAACAAUUUAAAAGAGUAUUGCAAGUUCUCAUUAAAGUAGAAGAUGAAAAUGAUAAUCAGCCUAUAUUUUAUCCUCCUGUGUAUGAAAGCAAAAUCCCUGAGAAUACAGAGGCAGGUCAACUUGUUGUUGCACUUACAGCAAAUGAUGCAGAUUUUGGUGACAAUGGAAAACUAUCAUAUACAAUAAUUCAAGGAAAUCACAAAGGACAUUUUGAAAUCAAUGCAACAACUGGUAUUAUCACAACAACUGAUACACCAUUAGACUUUGAGAGUCAAAGAAUGUUUAGGCUUUUAGUUUCAGUCAGUGAUGCUGGCAAACAGCCAAAGACAAAUCAAGUGUCUGUCACAAUUUAUGUUCAAGAUGAGAAUGACAAUACUCCAGAAUUCCAGCCUGGUCAAUCUGUGAAUUACCCCUUGUCUGGUCGUAAUAGUCUUCCAAUUAAUACGUAUCUUGGUCAAGUUCUUGCACAUGACAAAGACAAGGGUGCAAAUGGUGCUUUGAUGUUUACAAUAUUUAGUGGAAAUACCAAUGGGAAAUUUAGAAUUGAUCCUAGAUCUGGAAAACUAUAUAAUAAUGUUCCUAUUGGCUAUUUAGAAGUAUUUCAAUUACAAAUAGAGGCCAAGGACAGUGGCCAACAACCUUUAUCGGCACUCUCAACAGUUAAUGUACUGCUGAAACGAGAAAUUGUUUAUGGUAAAAACCCUCCUACUUACUCAACAAAAGUUGUGGAAAGGUCUUUGUCAGAAAGCACCCCAAUUGGUCAUAAAAUUGACAUACCAUUAGCUAUUGAUAAAGAUUUUGAUACUCUGUCAUACUUCAUAUACACGGGCAAUGAUGAGCAAAAGUUCAAGCUAAACAGUUUUGGAAACACGUUAGAAGUGAUUGCAGAGCUUGAACCACCUUCCUACCAGCUAGUCAUUGGUGCAAGUGAUGGAAUGUUUUCUGGAAAUUUUACGCUCAACAUUAAAAUCAUAGAUAUUAAUAACCACUAUCCAAUACCUCAAAUUACAGAGAAAAUCGCAACAAUUCCAGAAAAUGCUGAAAAUGAAACAAAGGUUACCCAGGUUUCUGCUUCUGACCUUGACUUUGGCGACAACGCCAGAUUGAGGUAUUCAUUCAAGUCGGCAAUAAACCCCAAGUCUCUCGAUCUGUUCUCGAUUAACGAAGACUCAGGUGAGGUUUUCCUCACUGGUAAGUUGGAUCACGAGGAUAUUGAAAGACAUGUACUAAUAGUAGAUAUCAGAGACCGAUCAUCUAAGCCCAAAGAAAGUGUGAUGUACGUUGUUGUUAAUGUGGGUGAUGUGAACGAGUGGAAACCAGCUUUUGUGAAACCAUCUUACGAGGUCUACAUUCAGGAGAAUUUACCACGUGGUAGUGACGUCGUUAAGGUGAUUGCUAAGGAUACCGACCAAGGUGUGAAUGGAAUGCUGAAAUAUUCAAUAACGUCUGGAAAUCAUGAUUAUGCUUUCUUCAUCAGGCCACAAAGUGGUGUAAUUCAAACAAAUAAAGUACUUUCAGCGUCAGAUCUUUCAGAGUAUUUAUUGACUGUCGAAGCAAGAGACGAUGGUUCACACGGACUUACCACAACCGUCAACGUUACGAUACAUCUGCAACGACAUGGUUAUAAAUCUGGUUUUACCAAGUCAUCAUAUUUCGCGUCUAUUUACGAGAAUGAACCGGCAAAUACCUACGUAACCUCCGUGAACUUCAAUGGAUUUAUGACACUGUAUACACUCGUUGAGGACAUUGGAUGUGCCGACAGUUUUCAAAUUAAUCCAUUUACUGGUGUGAUAACAACGAAGGAAAUUCUUGAUGCUGAGAAAAUUUUAUCAUGUUCGCUACGCGUGAGGGCUCAGGAUGGAAGCGGGUAUUCACAAGAAAUCACACUUCAUAUAAAGAUAAAUAACAGGAACGACAACAGUCCAGUGGUUGAACACAAGCCUCUUGUUGGAUAUAUCGAGGAAAACUCUGCUGAAGAUUCGACAGUGUUAACUGUUGACGGUCGUCCUUUGGUUAUCUCAGCUCAUGAUAGCGACGUAGGGAAUUCUGGUUUUAAAUAUGAAAUGAUCAACCCUGCACGUCAUUUCAAGAUAGGUGAAAAUACUGGGGAAAUUCGUACCACCAAGGUAACACUAGAUUAUGAAACUCGACGGUCAUACAAACUCAUGGUGAAAGUGAGCGAUCAAGGCUCGCCCUCAUUAUGCACCACCACGACUGUUAUUAUUCACGCAAACAAUCUCAAUGAUAACAAACCAAAAUUCUCCAGUAAUACCUUUGAAAGCCGUGUGUAUCUCCCAGUGUACCAAGAUGUCCAUAUUACCACUUUAACUGCUUCAGAUCGUGAUCGUCUUGGCACCCUAGCUUUUUCUAUUACCCGACAAGAUACUCCGUCUCUACUUGAUGUCGAUAUCUCCAGUGGCAGGGUGUUUAUCAAGGACCCUUCCAAGGCCAAGAAAGGUUGGUACAACGCCGUGGUACAAGUUAGUGACGGAACAUUGAUCGAUCACGCUAAACUUCGUGUCGUGUUCAAACCAAUGAUAAAAACAAGCUUUCGGUUCUCUGAACCAUUCGCUCAAACUCACGCCCGAGAAAAUACUUCUGAAGUACAGACUGUGUAUACUCCAUUUGUUCGUGGUUAUAACGUCUGGGAAAAGCUUCGGUUUAGCCUUAGCAUCUUUGAAGAUUUGUUCUCAAUUCACGAGAGUACAGGCAAAAUUAAAACAAAACCUGGAGUUGUACUAGACCGAGAACAGAGAGGCUCGUAUCGUCUCAUUGUAAUGGUCCAGGAUGAUCGCAUUCCACCGAGAAUAGCCCGUUGCUUAGUUACAGUCAUCGUGGACGAUGUAAAUGAUUGCAUACCAACGUUCCCUCCGCCACCACUUUUCUUCGUCGUUUCAAAGAGCGCUAAAGCUGGCUCAACUGUGGCAAAUAUAGCUGCGUCUGAUUGUGAUAUUGGAAAAAAUAAAGAAAUCAGUUACAAAAUAAAGAAAGACGACAGUGCUAUGUUUGGUAUUGAUGCUAGCUCUGGUGCACUGAGUGUACUUGAUAAGUUAGCUGGUCUGCCAACUCCUGCAGAGUUUACACUGACUGUUGAAGCAAAAGAUUCAGGAGAGAAUCCCUUGAAGUCCGAAGCCGAAAUAUCUGUGAGGAUUGAAUCUGGAGAUGCUUGUAUAUUUGAGAAACCUUCCUAUACUGUGGAACUGGCCGAAAAUACCGCCGUUGAUAAAGUAUUCAAACAACUCCAUGCUAGAUGUCCGAAGGGAAAACCUGUAUUCAGCAUUGUAAAAGGAGAUAACUAUAGUCAAUUUGAGUGUGAUGUUGAUUCUGGUGAGUUAUCCUUGAUAUGUGAAUUGGAUUUUGAAGCCAUCCCCAGUUACAUCCUAUCCGUUCGAGCUCAGGAUUCGAAGACCGGAGCCUUUAGCCUCGCUACCAUCAUUGUCCUUGUUCAAGACAUUAAUGAUAACCCUCCAGUGUUUGAUGCAUCUCCAUACUUCGUUAAAAUCAAGGAAAACGCCCCUGUUGGAAUGAGUUUAUUGCGUGUUGAUGCCAUUGAUAAAGAUUCUGGGGAGAAUAGCAGACUAUAUUUCGAGAUCGUGAAUGAUAACUCAGUUGUACCGGGAACAUUUGCCGUCAGUCAUAUUACGGGAAUUUUAAGAAUAGAGAAAAAAUUGGAUUAUGAAACACAGAAACGUUAUGAUAUUGUUAUACGAGUCAAAGAUCAUGGCGUGCCUUCCUUGUCUGCUGAAACUUCAGUAACGGUACUGGUGAAGGACGUGAACGACCAUGCUCCAGUAUUUCAGAAAUCCAUUUACCGUGCAACAGUUGUAGAGAAUGGUGGACCGAGGCAUUUUAUCACCCAGGUUCUUGCUAAAGAUGCUGAUGAAAGUGAUUUCUCGAAAUUAAGAUACGCUAUCGUUCCUGGUUUUGGUGCAAAAUAUUUUGUAAUCGAUGAAAAGUCAGGCGUUGUUUCUCUCUCUGAAGUUCCCGGUAUUACACUUGGCAAGGUUUACAAUUUAAAAGUCUCGGUGUUUGAUGGCAACCAUACGUCUUAUACACAAGUUGAUGUCGUUGUUGGACAAUCUAAUAACCACCCACCAAAAUUCCAGAAAGAUGUUUACCACGCGCAGGUUACAGAGAACUACCCGGCUGAUAGCUAUGUUGCCAUGGUCACUGCAACCGAUCAAGAUUCUGGCAGGUUUGGUGAGCUCGUCUAUGCAAUUGACAGUCCACGAGCGGCGAAAGACUUCAAAAUUGAUUCAAGUACUGGUAUCAUAACGACUAUCAGAUCUCUGGAUCGCGAGGAGAUGAGCUCAAUCACUAUUCCAGUCCGUGCAAGUGAUGAGGGAGGAGAAACGACCAUUUGCAAUGUCAAGGUUAAAAUUCUGGACGAGAAUGACAACCGGCCUCGAUUCCAAAUGCCGUCUUACACAGCCGUUGUUUCUGCAAGUAAUACUUCCGUAGGCGAGAGUGUUGUCAGAGUGACUGCUGUUGAUCCUGAUAGUGGAGACAAUGGCGCACUGACAUAUACUCUCGUAGGUCAGAGAUCGCCGUAUGUGUUUGGUGUUGAUUCAUCUUCAGGUGUUAUCACAUUUCUUAGAAAGCCAUUGGAAAAUGUCUAUGAUUUCUACGUUCGUGCAAAUGAUAAUGGAUAUUUGAAAUUGAAAAGCUAUACUCCUGUGCGUGUCUAUAUUCAAAACCUGUUAUUCAAGUUUAAAGCCCCUUAUUAUUCGUUCACAUUUUCUGAGACUGUCCUAGGACCUGUCCCAGCUAGACUCACGCUUAUUGAUGACCAAGAUACUGCCGUGUCUUCGGGAGUUGACUACUCAAUUGAUAUUGGCAAUAACGAGAGAACGAAUAUGCUUGGAACAUUUGGUAUUGACUCGGCUGGACAGUUACAGGUGUUACGAGGUUUGGACUUUGAAAGUGUGCAAAGCUACGACCUCACUAUUAAAGCAAACAGAUCGACGUUUUCUGCAUAUGCAUUGGUUCAUAUAGAUAUCCUUGACGCAAAUGACAAUAAGCCAGAAUUUGAAUCUGAUCUCUAUAUCGUGAAUGUCCCGGAGAAUGCCGCCAUCGGACGUAACAUAGUUCAAGUACGAGCACACGACAAGGACAGCAAAGAGAACGCUGUUGUCUCGUAUCAUUUGUCAUCUGAAUCGAAGCAUUUUGCCGAAACUUUCAUUGUUCAUUCCAAAACUGGUUGGCUCAGUGUCAAUGGUGGUUUAGAUCGAGAAACUGUUUCUUUAUACGUUAUCAAAAUUGACGCGAGGGAUCAUGGAAGAGGCAUUUCGUUGAACAGUUCCACCAGUGUUAAGAUAAGUGUUGACGACGUCAACGACUCCCCGCCAGUUUUCUCUCAGAGAGUAUAUACAGUGUCAGUAAGAGAAGAUCUACCUGUCUACUCUGAAGUUCUUACCUUGAAUACAACGGAUAAGGAUACCAAUGCAAAUGUGAUUUAUUAUAUAGUACAAGGAGAUCUCCAUAAUAAAUUCGACAUUAAUCAAGCCUCGAAAAAGAUUUACCUGAGUGAUAAACUCGAUCGUGAGAUGUUUCCAAGAUACUUGUUGAAUAUCACAGCAUUUGAUGGCGCGUUCACUGCAUCAGCGCUUGUUCACAUAGAAAUAACGGACGUAAAUGAUAACGAACCAGUCUGCCAACAGUCAAGUUUACGUUUGGGUGUAUAUGAAGAUCUCAGUGUUGGUUCCUCCAUUGUUACCAUCAAUGCUACCGAUAUCGAUGCUGAUAACAACAGUAAAAUCGUUUUCCAGACAUACAGUGAUAUGUUUACUGUAAAUAGAGACAAAGGUAUUGUUAAGCUAAAACAUGGCUUGGACCGCGAGAAGAAAUCCAGCUACAACCUCCUGAUUUCUGCUUCAGACGGAGACAGCUCUUGUUAUACCAAUCUUACGAUAGAUAUUUUAGAUGUGAACGAUAGUCCACCACAGUUCACGAAAACGCGUUACAUAAAAUUGAUCGCCGUUGAUGCCAAAGAAAAUGCUUUCUUAGUUCGAGUUGAGGCGACAGACAAAGACCUUGGAGUGAACCGCAAAGUAACUUAUGCGUUUAUGAAUUCAUCCACCGCUGAUCUUUUUACGCUUGAAAAGGAAACUGGAGUUAUAUUAUUAAAGAGCAGGCUGCUGCAGCGAGAUGAGGAGAAUUUUGUUUUCAACGUCAUAGCAACUGACAGUGGCGUACCAUCACUAUCGUCCAUCGCAACUGUUGAGAUCACCGUAUCCACGAUAGAAAAUUGCCCGUUUGUUGAAAACGUAUACAGAACUGAUUUAUCAGAACAUAUUAAACCACCGUAUGAGAUCAAUACGGUAUCGGUUUCUUGUAGUGGAAAAGAUUUCAAUAUUAUCUAUAAAAUAGCAGAUGAACUUGACGAAAUUCAAAAGUUGUUUAAGAUUGAUGAGAAUACAGGAAAAAUCACAUUAAUUUCAGCACUUGAUUAUGAAACUUCACGCGCACACAUAUUUACUGUUGAAGCUCGCAUGGUUAAACCAUCUGGUAAAUCUAUUCUCAUCAGCUCAGCCUCGGUCAAAAUCAAAGUGUUGGAUUAUAACGACAAUAAGCCCGUCUUCAGUAGACGAUUAUAUGAAGUAUCCGUAAACGAGGGAAGUGAUAAUGGUACAAUAGUGAUUCCUCUGUCUGCCACUGAUAACGAUACCUCCAGUCAUAUUCAUUUUGUCAUCAUAAAGUCGACGCCAAGUGACAAUCCAUUCGUAGUUGAAGCUUUGAACGGAAUCGUUAGGGUACAGGGUGAACUGGACUAUGAAAAAGUAGACAAGUAUGAAAUUGUUGUACGUGUCCAAGAUGACGGAAAUCCUCCAUUAUUUUCCGACGUCAAGUUAAUUAUCAACAUCAAAGACCUGAAUGAUAAUCCCCCGAUAGUUAGACAAAAGGUUAACAUGUUACUUCGUUCUGACACUCGAAUUGGAUCUGUAGUGUUGCAACUCAAACCUACAGACAAAGACGGGCCAACAAAUUCCAAACCAUUCAAAUUCAGCGUCAUAACCGGUGGGAACCAAGCCUUCAGAUUAAAUUCGUCCUCUGGGGCAUUGCUUUUACGUAAACCACUCAAAAAUCACAAUUUAACAUACAACAUGAUUAUACAAACAGUUGACAAUGGCUCUCCCGUUUUAUCUGCGAGAACAAGUGUUGGAAUAGUGGUUGUUAAACCGACCACGAACCCACCUGAUGUCCAACCAAUCACUGUCUAUGUUAAUAUGCUUGUUGAUGAAUUCACCGGCGGAAUAAUUGGACAGGUCAUCGUGAACAAUCAAGCCAAAGAUACCAUUUUGCAAUUUACUUUACUGAAAGGUAACUCGGCAUUCUCGAUUGGAUCACAAGACGGGACCAUCAGAAUGCUGCGAACACUGAAGUCUGGUUCAUAUCCUCUGCAAGUCCUAGUCGCAGACGGAACUUACAAAGUGAAUACCAAGGUGACUGUACGUGUAAAGACGAUUACACCAGGGGUUGUUAAUAACAGCGUGACCGUAAGAGUAACUGGAAAAACGCUUGGUAGUUUUGUAUCCACAUCGCUUUCCGCUAUGAUAGAAACAUUGGCUAACAUUGAAUCGUGCUCUGUCGAUGAUAUAUAUUUAUGGAGCAUUCAAACAGCACCGAAAAACAUGCUUGAUAUCGUGUUUGCAGUGAAGAAAAAGGGGCAAGAGGAUUUUUUCAGCCCAAACAACCUGCGAGAGACGCUAGAAGAUCGACUCACGUCAUUUCAGAAGUUGUCCAAAGUUGUAGUGUCUUCUGUUGGUCUAUUUCCUUGUGACAAACGUAAACGUUCAUGCCCUGCUGGAAAAGAAUGUCGAAAUGUUAUUAACGUGAUAAACGAGUGGAGCAGUUUAACUGGUAAUAAGGCGAUAUUUUUGUCCUACAAGAAUGAGCAGACGAGCAAGUGUGUUUGUCCUGAGGGAAUUUCAGAUGUUGAAUGCGGCGUUUUGGAGAAAUCCGAAUGUCAAAAUAAACCAUGCAAACCUGGAUUUGAAUGCAUUGACCGUCCAACUGGUUACCAAUGUGUCUGUCCUAAGGGAAAAGAUUGUGGUCAUGAUUGUACUGGAAGAAAAUGUCAUAUAAAUGCUAUGACAUUCAAUGGCAACAGUUACGUCCGCUACAAGCUUCAUGAUAAAAAGGCAAAAAUUUUAUCAUUUUCCGUUUCUCUGCGAACAACGAAACCUUCUGGUACAAUAUUUUCAGUGAGAGGAGCUCACGACUAUUUCAUUCUUGAGAUUGUCCAUGGGAAGAUUCGUGCUCGUUUUGACUAUGGUAGUGGUGAAGGAGAGGUGAUUGUUGAUGGCAAGACAAAUGAUGGAAAAUGGCAUGAAGUUGAAAUGAAAAGAAAAGAGAGAUAUGUUCGUCUCACUUUAGAUUCUGGGGAACCUGUAACAACUGUUGCAUCUGGUUCAAUGAGUUUCCUGAAUGUUGAUAUAAAUAAUAUAAUCAUUGGUGGAGAAUCGGCUCAAAAAUCAAAAAGAAGUGCAAACACUGUUUUCAACGGCUUCUUCGGGUGCAUGGAGAAUCCUCGACUGAAUGGUAAUGAUUUGUCAUUAACAAGCAGCAAUGGGGCAGCCACAGCUUCAGCAAAAGACGUAACAAACAACUGUUCUAUUGACAUCUGCCAUCCUUCAUUUUGCCAUAAUGAUGGACAAUGCAGAAUGAAAGAUGAUGAACCUACAUGUGAAUGUAAACCUGGAUUUAAGUCGCGUGACUGCAGUGAAGAUGUUAAUGAAUGUGAAUUACUUCCGUGUAAAAACAAUGCAAGAUGUAUAAACACAUUUGGUUCAUUCAAAUGUGACUGUAAUAAUAGCAAUUUUAAUGGAUUGCGAUGUGAUAACCGUGUUGCUGCAGUAACCCAUUCAGAACCGAUGGGCACGAAAGAGUUCAUUUAUAUCGGAUCAGCCGUGUUUGUACUAAUCCUCAUUGCCGUGAUUCUUGCCCUCGGAUGUCGCUGUUAUCAUAAACGACGUCGAAAAGCAAAAGCUGCAAGACUAAAUCAUGAAAGACAUGAACUAAAGAUUAAAGAAACCGUUGAUGAAAUGCCUUCUUGUCCGCCGGUACCUCCUCCGCGAAGAGGGGAUGUUGAUGACCCCCCAACACGUUUGGGAAGUCGUAAUCCAUCUUGGGAUUACGCAGAUUUGCCUGAAAUGCAACCUAAGAGGCUCAAAAAGUUCGCCGACUCUGGAGAUUAUCAAAAGUAUGAUGACUGCGGGGAAUAUUCAGGUACAAACGCUGUUCCUCAAGUCCCUAGGAGACCACGACAAUACAACGACACUCAAGGUAUCCCUGAUGUUCCGAAGAAACCCACGCAGUACCGUUGUUCCAGGGCGUCAUCACAAAGCUCUGUGCGUAGUCAAAGUUGUGAAGAUUUUUCGGAAAUUGGUGAAGAAGGUUUGGAAGUCAUUCGACAGUGCACUAAUGACAUCGAGAAACUGUUUACGAAAACUGCGGACGUCGUGGAUGAUCUGUUAGGGACAAAUUGUGCAUCAACACCCUCUGACGAUGACGAGGAAUCCUUGAGUUCACAACUUGAUGCACAUGAACCAUUCCAUACGGGACAUUUGGAGACAUACAAUGAUGAUGAAGUUGAUUAUUUUAUUCCUGACAGUGAUCAGCGAGAUUCUGUGAGUACAAGUGAUCAUGAAGACGAGACAUCAGCGAUGUUAGAAAAAAUACCGACCGUGAGACACUCUCGUGGGGAAACUUUUCUCCAAGAGUCACAAUUAUAAUAUAGUGAAAUAAAUGUUAUAAAUGCCUUCUUCGUGCCGUAUUAUAUAGCUGAUUUACGAAGAAUAGAACUUGAAAAUUGAUACAAAGUCUGCUUAAAAGCCUGUUCCAAGUUCCAAAUGGAAAGUUUUCGAUUUAUUGCACCGUUACCCGACGAAAUAAAGAUUUUCAGAUCUUCGUCAUGCUGAAGAAGGCAUUUACUAUUCUUUUUGUACAUAAUGAACGUUGUAAAUAUUUAUAGCGUUUUUGUUUUGGAACUUUUAAUCUAUUUAUUAACAGAUAUUUUAAUGUUAGCGUGUAGCCGUUGCCUGUAUCAUAUUUAUGAACAUACAUCUUUUACUAAUUAAGUUGCUCCACUAUUUAUCGUUGUAGCUUUUUUUUAAAAGUGAAAGGCCUGUAGAAUUUUUGUAGUAAAUUCAAUAUUUAUUCAAUUGAUUUUG